GAGAAGGCCAUGCUUGAGACCAGGCCGGUGCUCCAGGGCGCCGUGGUGGAGCUGUACAGGUCACUGCCGGACAAGAGCACCAUGGUCGUCGCCGACCUAGGCUGCUCGUCAGGGCCGAACACGCUGCUGCUUGUGUCGGAGGUCAUCGGUACAAUCUCCGACCACAACCGGGAAGAAGAGCAGGAGCAGCGCCCUCCUGCCGCAGCCAUGGAGUUGCAGUUCUUCCUCAACGACCUGCCGGGGAACGACUUCAACCUCGUGUUCAGGCUGUUCGCAUGCCGGAGUGUCCACCUCUUCCAUUCCUCCUACUCCCUCACGUGGAGGUCCAAGGUACCGGAUGAGCUUUCAAGAGGUGCUUACCUGAAUGAAGAGAGCAUCUACAUUGGCAAGAGUACUCCUCCAGCUGUGAUAAAACUAUACCAAGAAGAGUACCAUAAGGACCUGUCUUUGUUCCUGACGCUGCGAUUCAAUGAACUU